AGUCUUGCCAAAAACGUCAACUUUCUACUCCUCUUACCAAGAUAAGAAUAUUCUGCCAACCCCUUCUAGGCCAGCCACGCUUUCCAUUGGGCAGCCUCUACUGCAGCCCGUCAAGGAACCCCUUACAGAGGCGGAUUUCUUCACAAGGCAGGCUAGGCUUCAAACGGAGGCCAGGAUGGCUCUAGCACAGGCUAAAGAAAUGGCUAGGAUGCAGAUGGAAAUUGAAAAACAAAGACAGAAGAAAAGUCCUAUCACGGAAAUGAUCAGGAACAGCAUGGAGAAGGUUGGUAUUCCAUUUCCUGAGGACAAAAGACGCUUAUCCAGGCAAAUACUCACCGAUAUGAACGUAGCUCAGCUACAAGUCAUUGUUAAUGAUCUCCAUACUCAAAUCGAAACUCUGAAUGAAAGCUUGGUCAAGUUUCUGAUGAAUAGGGAUGAUCUUCACAUGGAACAGGAUUCUAUGCUUGUUGAUAUUGAAGAUUUGACACGAUAUUUGGGCGCGAAGGAACAAGUAAUCAAAGGACACAAUCUUGUCCCAACAAAGAACAACAACACUCCACCCUCACCGGCACCGUCUUCACCUCUGUCAGCUCUGAAUGUUUCCGUUAGACCCCACUUACACAGGAUAGCAAGCUUAGUUAAGAAAUAAAUUUGUUGAGUAUCACAUUUUCAUUUGUAUAUACUUUCAUGAGACCUGUUAGGCUCAUCGCUUCUUGUCGUUGAGAUUAGGAAAUGUUAGAAAUCGGGUGCAGUGGACUGAAGGUGAUUAGAUUCGACACUUGAACUACCAAAUUGAAUUAAUGUUUCUACUAGCUGAAAGAAUUUUUACUGAAGUCGAUGGCAGCAAAAACGCCCUUUAUUAUUAAUGAGGUCAUAACAAAUUGAAUAUUGAUUGGUAGUGAAAAAAGGGUGCUAUGUGCUGGUGAUAACACCACAUUGGAUGGCCAAAUUCCCUUGAUCGUCAUUCUUGAAAAGUGUUAGCUUAUAAUGUAUGCCUCAAUGGUUUGAAAUUCUGAAAUAUAACUAAUGCACCUGAUUUCACAUUGUGAGUAGUGCUAAACAUAUUACUCCAAGAGUUAUUUGGGUAGUACUUUGGUAUCUUAGACUUGUAGUGAAUACAGAAGGCAUACUCAAAACAACAGUUUGAAAGGCAGAUCACAAAGAUUAUUUACAUUUCCUAUUAUUCAAUAUUCUUGCCAACUUGAUUUUUCGAUUUAUCUUUAUUCAGUUAGCGGAUUUUGAAUUAUGAAGUAACAGUUAAAUUGGUCAUAUAAUGAAUUUUGAUAAAGAUAAAAGUUGUGGCCCGGUUUUAUAUUUCGUUGUUGGAAAUCAUAAUUUCUGUCAUAACUGUCAAUGCUGAUUUAAUUGAUAUUGGUCUUUGCACAAAAAAUGAUGAGUAAAAUUAAACAAUCAAAAUAGGAAAAAUUUGUUUUUCAAGUUUUUUUGGAUUGUCAAAAAUAAAACGACCAUCACUUUAAUCCUUAACAAAUAUCAUUCAUUGAUUCCAAAAAUCAGAAAACUGUAGAUAAAUAAUCACUGGCAUUUAUGAAUUUUGACAACUAACCCACAUGAAAUUUUUAGUAUUUGACAAUAAAUAAAACUAUUUUUCAAUGCCUAAAUGAUAUUUGAGAAGAUGCUUGUCUAAUUUUUGGCAUUUAUUAGUUUUCAUUCACCUAAAACUAAAAAGUUAUUCAAAAUCAAAUGUGUAAAACAAAUUAUUCAAUUUUUCAAAAAACUGUUAGUUUUUGUAAAAUUAUUGUAUAAAUAAAUAUUCAUCUAGCUUAUUUUUAACUCUUUGUGUUACAAUUUUGCUAAAAUUUUCCAGAAAGUCUUCAGAACAUCUUUAAAAUGCCAGAAAAAAUUAUUACAGGCUUAAAACAAUGUGAAUGUACUUUUUCAAAAAUAUUUAGCAAAAGGAUUAAAAGUGACUAUUAAACUAAAGUAAAAGUUUAAACUUAUAUACCCAUUUUGUUUUGAAUAACUAAUAUAUAAUUUAUUUAGUAUUAUUCAAGGAAUGAAAUAUUAUUGUACAAAUAUAAGAUCAUAGUUAGGGAGGUCAUAUCUCAAUUUUUUUUCCUGGUAUUUGGCCAGCAUUUGUAGCUUUUUCGGGGGUGUUUGUGGGCCCUCUAUUGGACAUCACAAGAAUUUAGAAGUCAGAAAUACCCUAGUAGUGUGAAGAAAUAUAAAAAUGAGAAGAGGUAACUCUUUGAAUGAGUUCAACGUAGCUUCGAAUAAUACUAUAAUCACUUGUCAAUGCUUAAGUUUUAGGAUCCAUAUCAAAAAUCAAUUAUUUGUUACAUUUUCAAAUCUAAAAAACUUUUAUUUGUUUUUAUUAUCUGGCAAUGUCGCUUUCAAUUCUUGCAUGAUUGCAUGAUUCCUAUUUGAGAGAGUGAAAACCCAUAAAUGUCAAGAAUGAACCAAUUUUCCCCUUUCAUAACAUGUACCUAUUUUUUGGGAACUAAAGUAUUCUUGAAGUAAUUGGAGACUUUAUCUCAUAAAUUCAAAAAGGCCUGUGAUUAAUCUUUCAGAAAAUACUCUGAAAUACCUAUUUCUAACUGACGAGUUUUAUAAGAUGAAAGUUAUUUACUUUUUAUUCAUAAUAUUAUUAAAAGAGUGAUAACAUUUAAUAAAUGUGAAACCUCAAAAGGGUAACCCAGGAGGAGUGAGGCCACUAUAAAAUCAAAGUAAUUCAUACUUCUGGAAAAUCAAAACACUUUAUUUAUUAAUUGAGUGGGUUUACCGGCCAUCUCUGUUUAUCUGAAGAUACAAAUAAAAAUAUGCUUUUCUUUGUUAAAUUAAAUAAUAACUCUCAGCAAAAUAUUCAGCUGAGUAUAUUUCUUCAGGGCAUUGGUAGAUUCACCACUUCUGUUUGUUUUUGAAAAAAUGUUACCCUUCACUACUUCUUUUAACCAUUUAUUUCAAACUGAGAAUUGUGAGGUCGUAUAACACAUAUCUCUAUAAUUUUGAUCAUGUUAAUAUUAAUUCAUCAACACUUUUUGUUCUCAGCAACUCCAAAUAUUGUUUUUUUAAAUUAUUAAACAAUGCCAAUGUGUUAACUAUUGUUACACUGUUUUAGUGAAUUGUGAAUACAUAUGUUUUAUUGAUUUGUACUUGACCAAAACCUUCUGUAAUCAAUAAUAGCUGUUUGUGGUUUGAACUUGAAUUUAGAUAUUAUUUGAUUGAUAUUUCUCAAUAUUUUCAGUUUCAAUUCAUAGCAUCAUAAUAUGAUCUUGUAAUUAUGUUUUUAAUUCUCAGCAGAUAGCUAGGUGAUAUUAAUUUUAGUAAGCUAUUUAUUUUUUAUACGUUUGAACAUAUCAGAAGUAGUUUUUCUGAUGUUGGAUAAUCAUCACUUUUAUGUAAUAUAAAUAAAAACAACAUUUUUCAUAGAUGGGGUUAUAAAAAGUUUCAGAAAGCAUUUUGUUCAAUUCUGCUGAGUGGAAAACUCAACUGAGUUUAUUAGGAAGAAAAUAACAGUGUGGGUGUUCAGGAUAAUAUAUCAACAUAAAAUCUUUAUUUUUGUCGCCUUCGCGGAACAGAAAUUAUGAAAUAAGUAUUUAUUUGCUGUUUCGGUAAAAUCCAAGUAGUUGAAAAAGCUAUGAAAAUAACAAAUUGUAUGUAUUGAUAUUUGCAUUAUUGUUCACAAAACUGAUAAAUUCAUAAGAAAUUGGAUCAGGUUUGUUAGCAAAAGCAGAAAUUAUUGUCAGUGUUUUUUAAAUUGAAAUAUAUGUACUUGAUAGAUCUGAUCCAAAACAGAAAUAUUCUUGAAGUCAUCAAUAUAAAUGUGAAAAUGUUUUCAUUUAGUAUCGUUAAGCACUAGUGUUAGUUUCAAACUGUUUAUCCCUUCCAAUGACUGAUGAAUUCUUCAAUAAUUCUUUCUUUCUCAAUAAAUGAAACCGUUGAUCAUGAAAAGUUCUUAACGACCUCUAGUGCUUGUCAUUUCUCAUGUGAAGUACACAAAAAUGAUAAUAAAUUUUAUUCCUGUAUAUGUAAUUUUCCGUUUUUCAAAAAUUUAGCGAUGGUAAGUAGACACCAAUUCUGUAAAAUACAAUUGACUGAAGCUUUUACUGUAAAUAUAACUAGUGUAGAAUUACUUAUCUUGUCUUUAAAUAUUAUCGGCUUGAGAAAAACUUCAAUGUUGAACCAAAUAUUUCGAUAUAUCAUUAACCGUUUAAGUAUUUUCAACUUUUGUUUGAAGAGGUAGCUGAGAUUUGCAAUGUGUUCCUAGACAUAGUUGAAACAUGAUAAUCAACAGUUUGAGGGCAUUUUUCAAAGACAAAAACUUUGUUGGCAUAAUCUUAGAGAUUGUAUUAAAAACUGUUAUUUAGUUCCCACUUGCUAGGUGAUUAUUUUAAACAAAAAACUUUCUAGUCUUUUGAUACAUUAUGAAAACUUCAAUUGAACAAGCUCUCAAGUUGUUGACUACCGGCCAACUUUGUGGAAAGGGAUGUAAUUUUGAAAAAAAGAAUCUGAGCAAAGUUGUAUAUCAAUGUGCCAUACAAAUCAGUUCAUUUGCACAUCACUAACUUUAACUGCUCCGUUAAGACUGCACUUGUAUCCAAAGACAUAAUAACCUUAUAACACAGGAUCUAACAUGUUUGUGAUGAUGGAAGGAAGAAAUACUAGUAUGGACAGAUGUAAUUUAUUGUAAUUAUAACAAAAAUUCAAUGAUUAUGAAUACAAAAAGCUUAAAUAAAAAUACCACUAUGAUAUUUUUUCAUUUCUUAACCUUACUGCUAUCCUAUUAUUAAUAUAUACAAUUCACAGCAUUUCAUCAGUUUAUUAAACUAAAGUCAGAUUUGAAAAUACAUAGAAAUAUAAUAAAUUAA